UCCCUUCACUCUGCAGGAAACACAGUCGUCACAUUCCCUACUCUCUCCAAGAGCUCUGCUAGGGUUAACCCCAAUCUCGAUCCAAUGAGCCUAGCUUCGUCUUCUUGAUUCGUCUUGUGCGUUUGUCCCGAGAACUGUCGCGUCCCCGUUGUUGAAGUCGAACCCUUCCUCUAGCCAUUUCCAAUUUCGUUUGCAGUGUAUCAAAUUCAAGGUUGAUACGAGGAACAGCAAAGAUUUAGUCAGCCUUUGAUGUUUGAUGAAAAUACUUUUUGUAAUAAUGUAAUGAUUUCCGGUUUGUCUUUAUGGCUAUAGGAAAAGAAGUUUCUUUGAAUCAAUUGAAGAGGCCAUGGAGAGUAAGUUGCCAAAGGAAAAACCUAAAUCUCUUGCCUUAAGGAGGAACCUUCAGAGGCUCCAUUUGGAAUUGAGAAACAUCAUUCAAGGAGUGAAGAGAAAUAAUGGAACUUGGGGGCUUCCUAGAUAUGGUGUUGGAGAGGAACUUCUUUACCGUACAGAAGCGAAUGGUUCUCAGUCUUACUCAGGAAAUUAUUCAGAGUUCAAUUACACAGAUGAAGAGGCAGUGAUUAAGGUGAAGUUUUCUGCCAGGGCUGAACCACUUUUGACACCGUUUAUCGUCAAUGAAUCUGCUAUAAACUCCACUUGUGUACAUCCUGGUGAAGAUUUCUCUAGCAAAGCAACACAAAUUUCCCAAUCAAAAGGGUAUGCGACAGAUGCACCCCGGGAUUCGGGUGAUGAAGAAGAUAUUGAAGAAAAGAGGCUGAUGGAAUCUUUUGUGCAAGAGAUUGAAGAUCUUACGGAAUUGCAGAAGCCACAUCAAGAAGAAAAUCGGAUGAAUUUUGAUAGUUUGAGUCUUGACUUGGAUGAGACAGAGAAGAAGAUUCAACAUGAUGAUGAUUUGUUGGCUUAGUUUGUUUCUAGUUUUCUGUUUUGUUAAUUUUAUUUCGU